AUGAAGGUUUCCCGCCCUCCCUAUUCUCACGGGCUCCUCCUCCCAAGCAAUCUCGACCACAACAGCAACCCACCCCGCGUCACCAGGGACAACCAACCACCACGGCCCCACCUAAAGAAGACCGUCUCCGAUAAGGGGCUAGUCCGCAAGGUCGGACUGCAACUCCACCGCCAGCAAAACCCACAGCAACAACAUAGAACAGAACAAAUCCAACAUAACACGACUCAGCAGCAGCGCCAGACAGAUGAACCGCAGAAGGAACCUACCCCAGCUCCUCUCGGCCUCGCUGCCCCAUCCGCUCUGCCCCCCUCAACACCGGAAGCGGAGGAUGACGGAAAAGCGACAGAAAGACCCCGCAUAUUCCAGGCCAAUGUAGGCAAAAUUCCCCCAGCCCACGAUUGCGCCCUCGCGCUUGCAGAUUUCGAAGAAUACGACGUGGUCCUUUUACAGGAACCGUGGACGGAGACAAAGGACGGCUGCUGUCUCACGAAAACCCACCCAGCCUACGACACCUUUUCACCGGUGUCCAACUGGGACAACACCACCAUACGACCCAGAGUCAUGGCAUAUGUUCGUCGUGACUCUAGGCUAAUAACAAACCAACAACAACCGUAUAUAACACGCGAUAUUCUAUGGCUCACGGUCAACAACGUGACCAUAGUCAACGUAUACCGGAGGCCCGACUGUGACGUAGCCCUGAACAUGCUUUUGCAGUGGCAACCACCGAAAGACUGCCUGCUGGCAGACCGGCCGCCCCUCUGGCACGGGCCAGGACAUUGCAAGCUGGGCAACGGACAAUGGCCUCAGCUUGCUGAACGAGGUGGACAUCCCGACCAACCCAUACGGCAACACCAUCGACUUGGCUUCCACCAACGCCCCCUAGCUGAGGCUUGCGUCGAGGACGACUUUGCGACCACCUCCGACCACUUCACGCUAAGCCUUACACUAUCAAACUUCUCGCCGGUCCUGAAACAGUCCGGUAAAAGGCCCUGGUGGACCUUUUACAGUCUGCUGCGAAGGCGGCCGGGCGCCCCAUACGGAAGGGAACUUGCAGCGCACCGUGGUGGACUGAAGAAUGCGCGCAAGCCGCAGCAGGCCAUCGAGCCAUCAGGAGACUCUAUCCUGGUGGGUAAAAUAAAGAUGUGCAACUCGCCAAACGAGACGUCCGCCAUGUGGUCCGUCGGGCCAAGAGACAGUACUGGCGCGAACUCAUCGACAGCUUCACCAACAGCAGCUCAGUCUUCAAAGCAGUGCGAUGGCUCAGAGCCCCAGGGACCUUCCAACCUCCACCCCUACAAGUCGGAGAUGUUGUGCAUAAGACACAGGCCGACAAGGCGAACGCGCUUCAGAUCGAUACCCUUCGCUCAGACAAUCCCGCUGGAGGAAGCCCGGGCCGCCACCAUCGGCACCGGCAACACCUCCCCCGGGUCUGAUAACAUCACAGUGAAGCUCCUCGAGGCCGUGUGGGAUGUCACUGGAACACACAUCCGUCGACUCUAUGAGGGAUGCCUCCGCGUUGGCCACCACCCGAAACCCUUCCAAGAGGCAGAGGUCGUCAUGAUCGCAAAACCUGGGCGGGGAAACCUAUCGAUUCCACGGGCCUGGCGCCCCAUAUCACUGCUCUCCUGCCUCGGCAGGGGACUAGAACGAUUGAUUGCACGACGUCUCGCGUGGGCUGCAAUCCACCACGGCGUGCUGCACCUCCAGCAGGCCGGAGCCCUUCCAAAGCGAUCAGCCGUCGACCUGGUUACAGCCUUGAUAUAUGACAUUGAAAAGGCGUUCGCCUGGAAGCUGGUGGCGACUCUGGUAACCAUGAACAUCCAGGGGGCCUUUGACACGGUCUUGCGCAACAGACUUAUCCUGCGGCUGCGGGAACAAGGCUGGCGGGAACAUCUAGUCAGAUGUGUCGCUUUUUUCAUGCACGAUAGAUCUGCCUGUGUAAGAUACCAGGACACCACCACUCCCGUCCUGCCCCUACAAUGUAGCUUGCCGCAAGGCUCGCCCGUCUCGCCGAUCUUGUUCCUCCUUUACACAGAGCCCCUCUAUUGCCUAGGCAAUCCUAUGGGCCGCUUUGGAUAUGCGGACGACACGGCCAUCCUCUGCACUGGCAACUCGCUGGAGGAAACAGCAGCGGAGGCAUCGGAACAAGCUGCGGAGCUCAUCGCCAGGGGCGCAGAGAAUGGCGUCUCCUUUGAUCCUGAGAAGACCAAGGUCAUGCACUUUUCUCCCUCGCCAAGAAAGCCAGAAACGGCACCACCCGUCUAUCACGGCACCGUCGAGAAGCGUCCCGAGCCUGCGAUGCGAUGGCUAGGCAUCUGGCUUGACCGGAAGCUAACCUUCAAGACUCACGUCGAGAAAUGGACGGCUAAGGCGCAAGCCGUGGCCUACCAUCUUAAGGACUCGGAAACACAAAACACGACCCGCUCCCCAGCGCCGUCCAAAGAGCCCAGCCAGUGCUGCUGUAUGGAGCUGAGGCGUGGUACCCAGGCACAUCCUGGCCCCGCUGGUCUCAGCCAUCUGACCACGCCACCCACGACCCUGCACAGGGAGAGCGGCAUACCCCCUGCCACUCUGCUGCCUGAAGCGCGCAGGAUCCGAUUCUCCUCCCGCCUCAAGGCGCUUGACGACGCCCAUCCACUUGCCAGGAGGACGCUCUCACCAGCAGCACCCGCAAUCAUCAAAGCCGUCAAACGCAAGCACCAAGUGCCACCCGCCGUCUUCCCAACCCGUCUCCGGAGGACUGAUAGGCUGCUGCCCUCAUGCCCGCGACCAGCCCUAAUCAGACCACGGUUCAGCGACGACAGCACGAUGCUUCAAACAGCAUCAGAAGAAGUCCGCAGCCGACUUCCGUCAAUGGCUGCAGUCGGUGCCACCGGCGACUCUGAUUGUGUACUCAGAUGGUCACUGUCCUCAGAGGGCGUCGCUGGAUACGGGUAUAUCAUCCACCAGAACAACCGGCCGGUGCUCGAUGGCUCCGGCCGACUGGGCCCGGCAGAGGUCUUCGACGCCGCGGCGAACGGAGCUCUAGAAGGUCUCUGGGCAGCCGUCGGCCACCCUCAGGCAACGGCAAACGAGAUCGUCGUCUGCCUCGACAACUUGGCAGCUGCGACAGGCCUGCGAGGCACGUCGUCCGACUCCUCGCAAGCAGCCUUCCUGGAGUUCCAGGACAUGGCUUUAGCCCACGGCAACACAACAGUUCGCUGGAUUCCCGGCCACACCAAUAUCGCGGGGAACGAACAGGCCGACGCACUGGCCAAGGCAGGAUGUUCCCGACCAGCGCCGCCGGAUGCUCUCCCAACAUUGGUGCACCUGCGACGAGUCGCAAGGAAACAGCCAAGGGAAGCAUUCGACGCCUGGUGGACAACUGCAGCUCCCGAGAGAUACAAACCUCUGAAACUCAAGGCAUCAACGCGCUGCGCCCCGGACCUUGCAACCCCACGCGAUUCAAACAUGCCAAUGCGCGACCCACCUGCUCAUGCGGACGCCCCAAAGAGCCAAAACAUCUCUUCUACUGCAGGAAGAUGCCGCCGCAUCACCGUCUGA